UUUGAUAUCUAUGUUGUAGAAGUUGUUGUAACGUAACCAUCACUCUGAUUUCUAUGUAUGACUGUGGUACAGAAACAAUAUACUUUUGAAUUUAUGAAUGCCUUUCACAAGUCAGUACAGUGGGCUCUAUAAGAUUUGAGUUGAGUUUUGUGGUACUGAACAACAAAUUUCUUGAAAUUUUACCAUGUAUAAGAUUACGUGCAGAACUUGCCUGUCCGUUGCAGCUGACGAUGAUGAAUGUAUUCAAAUUACUGAACAUUUGGAUAAUGAGACUAUCAAAGAUGUUUUACUCCAAUAUGUUCCUCAAAUGGUAUCAACUUUAUCAGAUAAAGAUAGAAUUUGUUUUAUUUGUUUUGAAACUUUAAAAAAAUUUAGUGAAUUGAUUAACAGAUGCAUUGAAAUUGAAGAACAAUUAAGUAAUAAUCAAAUUAUUUUUGAGAAUGUCGAUAGCGAGGAAGAAGAUCAAAUCAAGGAAACCUACAGCUGUGAUUCAAAGAUUCUAUGUACAAAAAUCAUCGGUCUUGGUCACGAUCAUGACUAUAUCAAGAAUGAAGGUUCCUAUUUGACAACUAAUAAUGAUGAAGAAAAUCAGUGUGAAGAGUUUCUUGAUGAUAACUUACAAGAAGAAACCUGCGAAUUGAUUCCAGUUUCUCCCAGUACAAGUAAAGUCUUGGAAGAAGACUUGGACUCACCAGAUGAAAAUAAUUUGUCUCCGAAUAUGGCAUUAGUAGCAUCUAGUGAUGGAAUAUUGUGUCCAAGUAUGCAUUCUCUCAAGGAGGAGUCUCUAAAUGAUUCCUCUAUGGAUGUAGAUGAAGUUGGGGAAGAUUUUAAAUUAAAUGAAAAAGGCAAAAAUAAAAUUAUCUGCCAGUCAGUGGACGGGGAGAAAAUUGCCUUUUAUGAAUCAUGUGAAGAAGAUGACAAUUCAGAUCAAACCGACGAAAAUAAAAUUUUCUACAGCUCAACAAACGGGAAAUUUAUUUUCUACAAAUCUAUAAAAAGAGAAACAGAUGGGUAUGUAUGCGACGCAUGCGGUGAUAGCUUUCCGAGUCAGCAGAUAUUGUCUGAGCAUUAUUUACACCACGCAGAACUUAGGUUCAUGUGCGAUAAAUGUCCAAGAAUUUUCAAAACAGAUAGUGCUCUCAAGGCACAUUUCAGAUUAAAACAUACCGCCUAUGAACGAUUCAAAUGUAAUAUUUGCGGCCAAAUGUUCGCUAGAGGAGAUUAUCUCAAAAACCACGAAAAACAUCAUGUAGAUUCACAAGAUAAAUACAACUCAAAAUGUAAGACUCCCGGCAAAUUUCUCCGUUUUAAAAAUACAGAUGAUCCAGUGCCAUGUAAAAUUUGCGGGAAAUAUUACAACGGUAUCCAAAAACUGAAAGUGCACCUCCAGACUCAUCUAGUGGUUAAAAGAUUCAAGUGUAAUUAUUGCGAACUAACUUACAAGAGAUGGCCUAGUUUAAAGCGACACGAAAAAACCCAUCUAGAGUCUUCAACAACGUUCCAUAGAUGCAACGUAUGUUGGAAACGAUUUAGUACAAAAGAAGAACUCGAAAUUCACGUAACCCAACAUGGUAACCCGAGGUACCGCUGUCAAGUAUGCGAUGAACAGUUCCAUCGGAAAUACUUGUUUGACGAUCACUACUUAAUGAAACAUGCAACUUCGGAAGAUAUCGAGAACUCGAAAAAAGAAGUUAUUUAUGACACACUGUUAGAACUUUCAACCCACAAGGAAUUGACUGAGGAGUAUUGAAUAUUGUUUAUGUAAAAUAAGAUAAAAAAUUAUGUAAAACGAUAUGAUAUAUAUAUAUAUAUAUAUAUAUAUAUAUAUAUAUAUAUAUAUAUAUAUAUAUAUAUAUAUAUAUUAUAUAUAAAACUGUGCCAUAUUCUGUUUAUCUGUAAAUUUGUUACUAAUGAUCGAAUAUUUUUUAAGUUGUAAUGUUUUAUUGCUUUUUAUUACCUUUUAAUUUUUUGUGGAUUAUACGUUUUCCAUUUUGCUAUUUUGCAUUCACAAUGGGAAAUAUGGACACAUAUGUUAUGUGUAUGAUUUAAAAAUGAAAAAUAGAAGAGAAGUAAGAACGCUGGUGUGACCUGAAUCUGAAGGAAG